GAGCACAUCCUAAUGCAGAGAUGCUGCAGUGGCUCUGGGCACACACAUCCCCACUCGGGCAGCCACCAGCCGAGCGCUGCCUCGCAGCCGAGCCCCCCGGCAGCGCCGAGGCCCCGCAGCCCCCCGGCCCAUGCCCAGGCGGCCGCCCCGCACAAGGGCCGUCCCCGUAGAGGCUCCAGGCCUUGAGCCGGCACAGGAUGGGAGGCACCGGCGGGUUUGUCCACACGUCCCUGGCUGUCAGCACCUUCCUGGUCUGGUGCCAAGCCCAGAGCGGCACGAGGAGCUACGGGCCGGUGUUCGAGGAGCAGCCUUCCCACACCCUCUUCCCUGAAGGCUCAGCAGAGGAGAAGGUCACUCUGACCUGCCGAGCACGAGCCAACCCUCCCGCGACCUACAGGUGGAAGAUGAACGGCACAGACAUAGAGGUGGAGCCAGACUCCCGUUACAGGCUGGUUGCAGGGGACCUGGUGAUCAGCAACCCCGUGAAAGCCAAGGAUGCUGGAUCCUACCAGUGCCUGGCAUCCAACUCCAGAGGCACCGUGGUCAGCAGGGAGGCCUCCCUCCGCUUUGGCUUUCUGCAGGAAUUCUCGGCCGAGGAGCGGGACCCCGUGAAGAUCACCGAGGGCUGGGGGGUGAUGUUCGCCUGCAGCCCUCCCCCCCACUACCCAGGUUUAUCCUACCGGUGGCUCCUGAACGAGUUCCCCAAUUUCAUCCCGGCUGAUGGGAGACGUUUCGUCUCCCAGACCACAGGGAACCUCUACAUCGCCAAGACAGAGGCCUCUGACCUGGGCAACUACUCCUGCUUUGCCACCAGCCACAUCGACUUCAUCACCAAGAGCGUCUUCAGCAAGUUCUCCCGGCUCAGCCUCGCGGCAGAGGAUGCCCGGCAGUUCGCCCCCAGCAUCAAGGCCAGGUUCCCUGCAGACACCUACGCCCUGGCAGGGCAGGUGGUGACUCUGGAGUGCUUUGCCUUUGGAAACCCUGUUCCCCGGAUAAAGUGGAGGAAGCUGGAUGGCUCCCAGUCCUCCAAGUGGAUUGGCAGCGAGCCCCUCCUGCAGAUCCAGGACGUUGGCUUCGAGGAUGAGGGCACCUACGAGUGCGAGGCCGAGAACAUCAAAGGCAGGGACACCCACCAGGGCCGCAUCAUCAUCCAAGCCCAGCCCGAGUGGCUGAAGGUGAUGACGGACACCGAGGCCGACAUCGGCUCCGACCUGCGCUGGAGCUGCGCGGCCGCCGGCAAACCCCGGCCCACGGUCAGGUGGCUCCGGGACGGGCAGCCCCUGACCUCCCAGAACCGCAUCGAAGUGAGCGGUGGAGAGCUGAGAUUUUCCAAGCUAGUCCUGGAGGACUCUGGCAUGUAUCAGUGUGUGGCUGAGAACAAGCAUGGCACAGUUUAUGCAAGCGCUGAAUUAACAGUGCAAGCCUUAGCUCCAGAUUUUAGACUAAACCCAGUGAAGCGGCUGAUCCCGGCAGCCCGGAGUGGGAAGGUCAUCAUCCCCUGCCAGCCACGGGCAGCACCCAAAGCCACUGUGCUCUGGACCAAGGGGACUGAACUUCUGGUCAACAGCAGCAGGGUGACUAUUACUGCAGAUGGCACCUUGAUCCUCCAGAACAUCAGCAAAUCUGAUGAGGGAAAAUACACCUGCUUUGCUGAGAAUUUCAUGGGCAAAGCCAACAGCACUGGAAUCCUCUCUGUUCGAGAUGCCACCAAAAUCACACUGGCACCGUCCAGUGCUGACAUCAACGUGGGGGAGAACCUGACCCUGCAGUGCCACGCGUCCCACGACCCCACCAUGGACCUCACCUUCACCUGGGCCCUGGACGAUUUCCCCAUCGACUUCGACAAGUCCGAGGGGCACUACCGGCGAGCCAGCGUGAAGGAAACCAUCGGGGACCUGAGCAUCUCCAACGCGCAGCUGAAGCACUCGGGGCGUUACACGUGCACAGCCCAGACCGUGGUGGACAGCGCCUCGGAGUCAGCCACGCUCACCGUCAGGGGGCCCCCAGGCCCCCCCGGGGGGGUGGUGGUGAGAGACAUCAGUGACACCAGCGUCCAGCUGAGCUGGAGCCGUGGCUUUGACAACCACAGCCCCAUUGCCAGGUACCUCAUCGAGGCCAGGACCCUCCUCUCCAGCAAGUGGAAGCAGAUGAGGACCAAUCCUGUAAACAUUGAAGGCAAUGCAGAGACAGCCCAGGUGGUGAACCUCAUCCCUUGGAUGGAUUACGAGUUUCGGGUCUUGGCCAGUAACAUCCUGGGAGUGGGGGAGCCGAGUUUACCCUCCAGCAAAAUCCGCACCAAGGAAGCAGCACCUACUGUGGCACCAUCUGGGCUCGGCGGCGGUGGAGGGGCUCCCAACGAGCUCAUCAUCAACUGGACGCCGACUCUGAGGGACUACCAGAACGGGGAUGGGUUUGGGUACAUCGUGUCCUUCCGGAGGAAGGGCUCCCAGGACUGGCUGAUGGCGCGGGUGCCUCACGCCGAGUCGCUGCACUACGUGUACCGCAACGAGAGCAUCGCGCCCUACACCCCCUUCGAGGUGAAGAUCAAGGCCUACAACAGGAAGGGAGAGGGGCCUGAGAGCCUCACUGCCAUCGUGUACUCGGCUGAGGAAGAACCCAAAGUGGCUCCUUACAGAGUUGUGGCCAAGUCCGUUCUGUCCUCGGAAAUGGAUGUGUCCUGGGAGCCCGUGGAGCAGGGGGAUGUGGCUGGAGUGCUUUUGGGCUAUGAGAUCCGGUACUGGAAGGACGGGGACAAGGAGGAGGCAGCUGACAGGGUGAGGACAGCAGGGCUGGUCACAUCUGCCCACGUGACAGGGCUGAACCCCAACACCAACUACCACGUGUCGGUCCGAGCCUACAACCGGGCUGGGACCGGCCCGCCCAGCGCCUCCACCAACGUCACCACCACCCGACCACCACCAAAAAGGCCACCUGGCAACAUCUCCUGGACUUUUUCCGGGUCCACAGUCACCAUCAAGUGGGACCCGGUGGUGGCGAGGGCGGAUGAGUCGGCAGUGACGGGGUACAAGAUGCUUUACAGGCAGGAUUCCCACUCUGCCCCCACCCUGUACCUGGCCAGCAAGAGCCGGAUCGACAUCCCGGUGCCCGAGGAUUUCACCCACGCCUUCGUGCAGAUCCGGGUGACGGGGCCGGGCGGCGACGGAACCCCGGCAGAGGUUCACAUCCUGCGGAACAGUGGGACGAGUAUGAUGGUGGAAGACUCUGUGGCCAGGCCAGCGCCCCACGUCAUGGUGAUCACCACCCACUCCCUGCUGAUGGUGGCCCUGAUCCGCUCCCUGGAGCUCUGACCGAGGCCACCCACGGGACUCGGGACACGAUUUACCCCCACCCCGAGCCGGGGGGGAACCACAACACUUGGCUGCUGCAACCCCCACUUCAUACCAGAGCAGCACCACAGCGAGAGGAUUUGGCAGAGGAGGAGGAGGAGGAAAGAAACAGCUUUUUGGUUUUUUUUUUGCUUUGGAGGAACGUGAGGUUUUCGUACGAGACGCGGCUCUUUAACCGAUUAAACUUUUUUUUUUAAAGAAAGGAGUAAAAGGAAGAAUUCCCCGGGAAUUCUGCAGCCAACUGCCCCUCCCCACCCCCCAUCCCCACGGUACCCAGUAGGUUUUCUGCCUUAUGAAGCCAUGUAUGAAAUAACCAGACUGCUAAAUUGGACUUUUUUUUUUUUAAACUCUGUACAGUGAAUUUUUUUGGGGAGGGAGGGGAGGGACAGGGAGGACAGGGAUUGAGAGUUUGGUGAGCACAUUCCACACCAGCCCCAUCCACCUCUGAGGAGUUAUGGGACAGGAUUUACUCCUCCUUCCCCGUAACAUGAGCCAGAUUCUGCAGCAACCAGCCCAAGGAGCUAAAGCCACAGGAGGAUUGAUCUCUGCCCCAGCCUGGGGUUUGUCUCAGCUGCUCUGAGGUGCAACUUCAGCGUUCCCCACAUCCCACGUGCUUUUCUGGGGUGGUUUCGUUAACCCUGUUUGCUUCUUUCCUCCCUGUCUGGGGAGCAGGGAAAAGGAGAUGUUUUUCUAGGGGAAAAAAAAAAAAAGUAGUUCUGCUUAAAAAAUGGAGGUGUCAAUAAAUCCCAGUUCAAUAGAGGGGCUUGAAGGAGGAAGGAAAAAAAAAAUUACAUAAUUAAAACAAGAAGUGGAGACUUGAGGAAGCCACCACUGGGACAAGAAGGAAGAGUCUGGACUCAGAUUCAUCUCCCUGCACACAGAGUUCAGCCAGCCAGGCCCAGCCUGGGGCUGCAGGACUGAGAUCCAGCCCAAGAGGUUGCUCUGGUGUUCAGGCUCAGCAGCUGCUGCACAUCCCAAAGCACAGGGAAGCUGAGGGGGCACCUUUAGCUGGGAACAGAUGGGAUGCCCCACUCACUGAACUGGCUGGGAAUGGAUGCUCCUGCUGAAAUCUCUGCCUCCCAGUAAAGCAGAUGACCAAAGUUAA